ACUUCCAGGAAGUUCAAACCGAUGGAUGAACAGGUUUUGCAGUUACUGCGAUAUGUGUAUAAUAUGAGUCAAAGAAUAUGAAGCCACUGGUCUUUAUGAUAGUAUGGUAACCAGUUGAUUUUAAGGUGGACCUUGUUUAAGGAAAUGCCUUUGUUAAUUCAGAAUAGGGGACUUGGACGCAUAAGCUCGACGGCGGAACUGUUCGACAAAUAUCCACAUUUACAGGAAAAUGCAAGAACAUUUUGCUCCAAGCCGCUUGUUGAUGUCGACCCAAAGUGCCUGUUGUAUGUCCAACAAAGAGAGUUUGCUGCAACAACACCAGCAGACAACUGUGUUUCAGUAAUUGGAUCUGAUGAUGCCACCACCUGCCAUUUGGUUGUGCUGCGACACACUGGAAGUGGAGCUGUUUGCCUUGCUCACUGUGAUGGUUCCAGCACCAGGUCUGAAGUCCCGCUCCUUGUGAAAGCUGUCAUCUCACUGAGUAACAACAGUAAGGAAGGCAGGCUUGAGCUGCAUCUUGUCGGGGGAUUUAACGAUGAGUCAAAAACAUCCCAUGAACUCAGCCUUAACAUACUGGCAGCAUUCCAGAAACAGAAGGAGGAUAUUCAUCUGGAAACAUGUUGCAUUACAGAAAUGAAUGACAAUGUUGUCGAUGGAACUCAUAGGCCUAUAGUAUAUGGAAUAGGUGUAAAUGUUAAAACAGGGGAUAUGUUCCCUUCAUCAUUCACUCAUAAAGGACCUGCAGAGGAGCUGCGAUCAGCAAGGACCUUCACUGGGGGACAGAUGGCUGACAUAUAUGACUCAAGUCAAGGACUUGUUAAAGUUGGCCCUUGCAAGUGGUCUCCAAAUCUGGAUAUUGCCUUCUGGUUGUCACAAAAUGAUGACACAAUUUUAAAGUACCUGUCCACCUCGCCAAUGGCUGAGCCGCCACACUUCGUCCAGCACAUUAAGUCCACCAUUCAGUUCCUUUUACAACACCCCAGUUCUGAUAGCCUGUUCCCCGGGGGUCAGCCACAGCUCUACCGCAGGACUGAGGGGGGGGACUGGGAGAGGACUGUCCAGUCAUAGAGCACUACUCCUUUCUCUCACUCAACCUUAACAUGGAACCUGACUGUUUUUGCCUCUCAGCUCAAUGGAUACACUGUGACCCAUCCACCCACUGUCUGUUUUUUGUUCAUCGUGUCUUAACGUGAAUGUAACCCCCGACUGGACCAUAUGUAAUGUAUGUUGAAUGGCUCUCCUGACUCAUCAGGCUGGUCCAAUAGACAGAGUAGUGGAAGUACAAGUAAUUCUGUUCAUGCCUGUAACAGUUACUUUUUCCACUCGUGUGAGGUGGUGUGAAGUCUGCGCCUUACACCAUCUGCUGUGUUGCAGUAAGUCGAGGUUAAUGUCCUACUAUGCUUGACUGUUUUGAUUAUCGAAGGAAAUGAUUAACAUUGUUGUCUUAUGUCCAGUUAAAUGACCAUACUUACCGUUUUCAUAUGUUGUUUUUUUUAGCCCAAAACCUUUUUUUUUUAUUAAUUUCCUACCUUGCAUGCAUCCAUUGUUCGUGUUUAUACUAGUACAGUUAAAUCGACUUGCAGAAUUCAAACUUUAUUUAAUUGCCUUUUAUAUAUAUGUCAGUCAAUGUUGUCAUUUACUGUGUCGCAAGGAAAUCAAGCCUUGCCUAUCUCUAUAAGUUUUAAGUGUGAAAACCAAUACAUUUCUUGGAGGUAUGAAAUGAAUCUAAAAACUUAGCUAUGCUUUGGAAAUAUAUGCACAAUAUGUAGUUAAUUAGCUUAAAACCUGUAAAACCAUGUGAAGGGUCCUUAAAGGUAGAGCCUGACCUACUGCUAAGGAAUAAUUACAGGUUGGGAACGUGCUGCGACAACAGUAAGGAGAAUACUAAUUGCUAAGCUCUGCGUUGUUGAAGAGUUGAGCCAAGUUGAUUUUUCACUACAAAUGCACCUUCCUGAUGAGUGGAAUAUGAUAUUUCAUCACAUAUUCUGCAUACAACUGUAUACUUGGCUAUGAAUGUGUAUGUUUUAGGAAAAUGCAUGUGUAAAUGUGUAUAGUAAUAUUCUGCUAGGGAUGAUAUGGAUUCUUGUCAAAUGCAACAAAAUAUGAUUUUAUUAGUUUUCUUUUUCUGAAACUGUUAAAUUAAAACACCAUAUACUCUAUAAGGCCUUUUCAUCAGUUGUGUUAUUCAGAAGGUUGCAAGCUGCUUAAAGCAUUGGUGCAACUUGUUUCUGUAACUACUGUACCUGUUGCUAAAUAAAUGUAAAUGGUCAAAUCUAA